GAAAUCAGUAAAUUUCCAUUUGUUUUUCGAUUCUAGAACUUGAUUAGUGCAAUUUGUUUCGGACUAGUCUGCUGACUCUUCAUUAUAGUACGUCCUGCUUCAUUCUCUGAAUUCGACUCUAUUUCCAUGUACAUACAUCUAUUAUAUUUUGACAAUAUUCUUGUAGUUGAGUUUAUCCUUCAAUUUUAAAAUGUUUAAGCUUUCAGCAUUGAAUGAGAGAAAAAGUGAGGAUGUAACUGAAGUUGAAAAACCUUUAAAAGACACAAGAGAAGCCCAGGAAGCUCAAGCUUUUAAACUUUAUAAUGAAGCAUUGUGCUUACAACAAAAUAAUCAACACGAUGAAGCUGUGAGCGUUUAUGAAAAACUUUUGCAAACUCCGCUUAUUAUUGAGUCAGCAACAACGCUUGUAAAUGAAGAUAAAGAAGCGAUAGAACAUCCUCUCAAAGAUCCUGGACUUAUUUUGAAAUAUUCAACUCAUAAAAAUGUUGCUAACAUUUGUGCAGGCAAGGGUGAUACAAACCGAGCGAUGGAAAAUUAUUUACAAGCUGUAAUGCUCGAUACUUCCGAUGUAACGCUCUGGUAUAAAAUUGGAGUUCUUGCUGCAAAAUUAAGUAAUCUUCAUUUAUCACGACGAGCGUUAACUCAAGGUUUACAAUGUAAUCCAAAUCAUUGGCCGUGUCUUGAUAGUGUGAUAACUGUGUGCUAUGCUAUUCUUGAUUAUGAAAACUGCCUCAUGUGGAUUUCAAAAGCAUUGAAAAAAGAUCCAUGUUACAAAAAAGGAAUUUAUUUUCGCAGAAAAAUGAUAAGCGAGUGCCCACAUUUGAAAAGAGAUUUUGACCACCUGUUUCAGGAUUGUGGACACCAGGUUUUUGAGAAUAAAAUUUCAGAAUCUGAUGCAAAAGGUUUACUUUCUGAAGCCUUAACAUUGAGGGAAAACAAUCGCAAACUUUGUAUUCGCCCACCACCGCCCAUUGUUCCACUUUCACUACCUUUAAAGUCAGCAUCUUGGUUGAAUUUAGGGAAAAGUCUGAUUGCAACUUACAAUUACAUAGAAAGCCAAGAUGAACCGAUAACACUAUCAUGCAAAAUUGACUUGAAUGUUUUUAAAAAUAAUAAGGCACACGAAGAAAACGGUAUUGACGAUAAGUCAAAAGAUUCGAAAUCGAAAGUAGCAUCAAAAUCUGUAGAUACUACAUUAUCUAGUGAUCUCCAAAAUUCUGUUUCUGUAACAGCAAUUAAUAAUUCCAAACCAAAUGAUGAAGUGAGCAAAACUGAACGCUUUGACGUUCAGUCAGUAGCUGCAACUGAUCUGACAUCUUCAUGCACCAAUUUUGCACCGGAUUCGGACACUCAAAAUAGUGAGAUUACUCAAAGCAGUACAACAUUAACCAGCUAUGUCGGUAACUCUCAAAAGAAAUCUACAAAGAGAAAAAGAGCACAAGACAAAUUCACUGAUCAAGAACGACAAAGUAAACGCAGAUCUUCUCGAAUGAAAAAAUCAGCAUUCAGUAAGUCUGAGAGUGAGUGUGAAAAUUCUAUUGAGCUGGAUUUUCGCCAGAGUUUGUUACAUUUGCUACCAAAAAGUUUAUUACCCCCCAAAACACAGAAUUUAUCUAUUGACUUGGAUAGUGACACAAAUAGCCAAGAUUCAACAUUUAUGACGGAGAAUAAUAAUAGUGGUAUUACUACAGCUACAAAUACAAAACUUAAUGAAAGCCCACCUAAUGCUCAGACUCAGACAUUCAGUACCGAUAUAAAUGUUUCAGUCAAAAAUAAUUUGCGAACCCAAUCAAAUGAAGCGACUCCUGAAUGUAUGGAGGUAAAAGAAUCCAAUAUUCAAGCUCCAAUGGAGUCUGGUCCAGCAUUUCAAAAUGACCAAAUAUCUGAAAAUGUUGCUCAAUUGAAAAACUUGGACAAACUUUCAUCGAAAGCUGAUGAUAAGCUUGAAAUAGAUAAUAAUACGGAAAAAAAACAAUUUGAAUGUAAAGCUGAAAUGAAUAUAAAUAUGGAUUUGGGCCAGAAGUUGGAUUCCAGUGAUGCGGCAGUAAAUAAGGUUAAAUUGUUUAUUGAUAAAUAUAAUGAAACAAACUAUGGAAUCCUCCAUAUUAUGCAUGAAUAUUGUAAGUGUGUUGCAAGAACAACACAUAUGCAAUGGGAGAAUGGUCUUGCUGAUGUAUUUUUAUCUGUAUAUGAGAUUGUCCAACCUACAAUUCACAUGGAAUCAUUUGACAAUAUGGAAAUAAACAUCCAGGAGAAGAUAUUGUAUUCUUACAACAUGAUCACACAUUUGGAAUGUGUACUGGACAAAGCCUAUAAAAAGAACUCUGUUGAUUUCAAUUUUAUUCCUUCUAGUUUGGAAUAUGGAGAUAUGAGAUUUAUUAUUGAUGCAUCAUAUCGUCCACAAGUAUUGGAAGAAGAUUCUAUGCUUAAGCAAUAUUGUUACAAAUAUUUUGUGUUAAGAUACCAUUGGGUUAGGGCUACUUAUUUUUUUCUGAUGGGAUAUAAAGAUAGCACUUCUCGUGAGUUAACAAUGUGUUCAAAAAUGUGCAUCGCGGACACAGAAGUAACUCUUCAUCAUUUGAAACAUCAUAACAAGAUAAAUUCCUCUUUAAUUCGACAGAGACUAGACUCUCUGAAAAGAUUCCAAGUUUUGGAAAAAGUUGAACAAUUGCAUACUAUGAAGAAAUAUGAUGAAAUAGUAAAAAUAAUCUUGCCCAAAUUAGAUGAGCUGGAUCUAAAUUUUGAUGAAACAAAAAUGCAAGAAGGUCGCGAUAAUGAUGAUAUGAUUGACAGACCUAAACUUCUGAAAUAUCUUAUUGAUUCUGCUCUUGCUCUCAAUGAUUCAAAGACAUCAGGUAAAAGUUUUAUUUUCGUAUUAUCGGAGGCGACGGAAUCAAUAUCUGACUCUGAAAAGUCCGGUAAAGAUUGGACAAAAAAUAAACGUACAUCUCUCUGGAAAGAGUGGUAUUCUUUGAUUAUUCUAUGCUGUGGUCAUUUUAAUGAUUUGUUCCAGAAAGGAAUUGGUAGUAAAGUACUGAAUGAAAUGGAUAAAAAUCUUAUUGCAGAAUUGUCCAAGAGUCUUUUAUCAGUUGUGCAUUUUGGUAUGUUGGAACUCCUCGCUAAGCAAAGUUCAUUUCUUCAAUCAUCAUUGCUUGGAUCUUCAAAAAGCCAAGCUUCAUCGAAAAAUUUUGCACCUAAGGAUUCACUCAUGCCAUGGAUACUUCUGUUUCAUGUUUUGAGAUUCGAGGAACAAAAACAAUUAAUGCCUGCAAGUUCCGAUGAUUUUGAGGAUAUUACCGGUUCUUAUAAACUUUUAAUGACUGCUCACGGCUGGCUUGGUGAUAAAUCUUUAUGCUGUGCAGAUGGUGGAGUAUUUUUGCGUUUUCUACUCAAAAAUUUCUUAAAGAUUUUAAAAAACUUGAAAGAAAAGGAAACUGUAGUUGACAUAUUAGGACCGAUGGAGUUAUCCAACGAUUCGAAAAGAUCUCUCAUGCCAUCUGCUGACCACAAACAAACUAUAAAAUUCGAAAUUGAGCAGUGCUUUUUCUGCCUUUAUGGCUUCCCAAACAAAAUAUUAAAGUCAAGUAUGCUUAUCGACCACGCUUCUCAGCAAAGUGUUUUAACAUGGGCCGGAGCAGUGGAAAUGUUAGAGUACUUUCGCCCAGCAGUGUUGCCAGGUUUUGACAGUUAUAAAGCGAAUACAAUGCUUGGUGAAACCGCUUCUCUGGUCAUGAGAAUCAUCAAACUAAUACCUCAAAAAUUAAGUAACAAAGUUGACAAUUCUUUAAAAAUUUUGGAAGACAGUAUCGGAAAAAUUUGUGAUUUGAAAAAUCUUAAAAUUCCCGAUAUUGAGAGUGUUGAUUUGGAAGCAAUUAAAGAUAUCUAUUAUCUACUUGCUGAUUAUUAUUUUAAAAACAAAGAAAUGACCCAAGCUGCUAGAUAUUAUCAGUUGGAUUUGUGUUUGAACGCAGAAAGGUUUGAUUCUUGGGCAGGUUUGGCAUUGGCAAAAUCUAGUAUAAUAGAUGAAAAAUUACGAUUGUGCGUGGCAAAGUCUUCUACAAAUGAAUUGGCAAUCAUUGAACUGUCUAAGUUUCCAUUAAUGUGCUAUGAAAAAGCAAUGUCAAUUGAAAAAUCAAGUACAACUCUUUGGAUUGAGUACGGAUCGCUCGCAUAUUGGAUUCAUUCAUUUUGCUCCAGGCAAAUAAGAAGAAAAUCGAAUAUAUCUGAUGAUUCUGUUUCUAGUUUGACUUUUGAACGUAAUUCUAUGUUGGAUUUAGCACAGCGUUGUUUCGAGCAUGCACUCAAAUGCGAUGCUGAGGACAUAAAUAACGAAGAAUGGCUGAUACAAUAUAUGCUUGGGAAAGUAGCAGAAAAAAAACAGGAGUCAAUACAAAAUUAUUUAUUAAAAUACAGCAAGGCAGCUGGAUUAUUACAUAGAAAACAUGCAAAAUAUCCAAAAAAGAUUCAAUUCAAAUCUUACCAGAGUGAUUAUGCUAUAGAAGCUCUUGAGAUGCAUUAUCGCCUACACACAAGUAUUUUAAAACUUGUCCAGCGUGAAAUAAAUGUGUUAGAUGGGUUUGAACAGAAAAAAGAAAUGUUGAAAGAAUCUGAUUAUGACCUUUUUGAUGAUUUAUUAGAAGAAUCAUCUGUUAGUCAGUUCGUAAGACGAGAUGUGUUGCCUUACAGUCAACUUGAGACUGAUAAUCAGAUGAGAAAACAUGUUCCUCCUGCUAAACUAGUAACACAGACACCACAAAUUCAAUCAUCUUCUCUGACUAUGGGAUCUUUAGUUCCUGAUGCUAUUGCUACUGCUCUUUCAUUCCAGCUUUCAGCAGAUUCCAGCCAAUCAAUUCCUAGUGCGAUUGAUGAACUCUCUAUGGAUAUAGACAUUUCACCUGAUUCUAAUUCAUUACCAUCACCAACUAUUUCACCUACAAAUGUCAAAGACAAUGAUGGAAAUGGAAAGUCUGAAGCGGCACAAUUGAAGAAAACUACUCAAGAAAAUGCAUUCACAAAUGAAGCAAGGAUGAUACGUGCUCUUGUUGUGAUGGCAGGCUGUGUUUCAGGUUUACAUAUUUGUUUGGGACGUUUGCCACAACAUUACAAGUCCUUGCAUAGAUUAGCAUAUCUUUUCAUGCAUUGUAGCAAAGAUCGUCGACAUGCUAAUUGGUCUCGAGAUAUACUUCUGGGUUCCGAAACGCCAUGGCAGCAGUUGGCGUACAUGCCCUCACAAGGACUUCUUUCUGAAAGAAAUAAAACUAAUCUCUUCAACGGAGUGUGGAAAAUUCCUGUAGAUGAGAUUGACCGCCCAGGCAGCUUUGGAUCGCAUUUAUACAGGUGCGUUCUACUUCUUCUAAAUGUAUUUCUAGAACUUGGUGACCACAAUAAACUAUUCUACAUGCAUAAUAUGUUAAAUCGUAACCCUGACCAGGGUAGAAAGUAUUUACGAGAUGCUGACAGGAUCUGUGCGUCACAGAAAGCUCUAACAUUUAGCAUAAAAGCAUUACAGAAAAAAGUGCUUUCUAAUGUUCCCACUACACCUAAAUCAGCGUCACAGGAAGACAAAAAUAGGUUAUUGCAAAACGUUAUUAGCAGCUCACAUUUCAAAAGCUCGGAAGCAUUGAGUCACCUUUUGGACGCGAGCAAAUUAUAUUUGCAAAAACAGAGAAUAGGUUCUCCCUAUGAGUCAUCUUCUAAACUUUACGAUGUUACAGAACCACAUAAAGAACUGCUGAUCACUGCUUUCCAAAAAUAUACAUUAGCAUGCCCUCAGGCCAUUGCAUUGUUUCCCAACGUUGAUGUUCUGUCUACUAGUGCAGGUCUUGAAAGGAUUGUUAAAUUUUGUCAGCAGUAUGCAGGUAUGCCUAAGGUAGCUACUGGUGGAAAUACAAGCAUGCCAACUCCUACUAAAUCAGAUUCUAAGUUCACAUCUGCUACCACAAAGAAAGUCGAAAAAAUUGGGGAUCAAGCUUGCAAUGAUAAUACAGACAAAAAUAUCCAGAGCAAAGAUACUUCUAGCGAAGACCAGACUACUGAAAUGGGGAUAAAAGAUGUCACUUUUGAUAGAAAAAAGCUUGAUAAAAGCAAUGACAAAUCACAGGUUUUUCAAGAGAUUCCUACAGGAACAGCUCUCAAAAUUUUGAGUAAAAGUGGUUAUUCUUCUGAUUCUCAAGCAAUCGUUAGCAAUGAAACUGAGUCUUGCGCUAUUGGUAAUUUGAAGGACUUAGAUUCAACAGAAGAACGUACAAAAUUUAAUAGUGAUGUACGUGAAAUUGAGAAGACCUCUUUAGGUUUCUCAGUGAGUAAUAAAGCAGCUGAUGCAUCGACAUUGAAACAGUCUGCACCCCAGGAAUCAAUGCAAUCUAGUGUCAUAGACAAUCCCAAUCCUUUAUCCUUAGAAACUGCCAAUAAAGAGGAACAAUAUAGGACAUAUACAACUGUGACUACGAUUAUAGAGGGUGUUAUAACUGCCAAUAAAGAAAAACUGGGAGUAGUGGAUGAAAAAACUUGUCCAAGUAAGCCUAUGAUAUCUGGCAACAUAUUAUCUGAAACAGAGCAGUCAUACACACGUUUGCAUGAUAAUCCGAAUUCUGUUCAAGCAAGCAAACUGGAUGUCACUUCUGUAAUUGAUGAUACAAAAAGUGUUAUUUCAAAAGAAGCGGAAAAUAAUACAUCUACCAGUUCUUCUAUAUCUAGUCAGUCUGACACUUGUACAACUUCCAAAACUGUGACUAAAUCCGGGGUAACUCUUGUUAAAAAGGGUUCGCAAGUUUAUACAAAAAUUAUGCCAUCUCGGCCAUUCUCUGGGAUUUCUCAUUCACCACGAAGCGCAUUUACUCCAGCAAAACAUAGAAUAACACCUGAACCUGGGAAAUCUUCAAUUUUAAAACGAAGUCCGCAAAUGGAUAGGCUUGCUGCCUUAUCACAUAGUAAUCCCAAAGCACCACUUCUAAGAUCAACCUCAAUGCCUGUGUCAAUAGAGGAUGAUAAAACUUCUCAAAUACGACCACACAAGACUUUACUUCGAACUGGGUCAAUAUCUGAUUACACGAAACAGAAAUUAAAAAGUUCAAUUUUGAUGAGAACUUCAGCAUCACUGGUGCGUAAACCAAGUAUUACAGAGCACGAAAUUGAACAAAUUUUAACUGAUCCAGAAUCAUCUCAAUCUGAGGACGAUGAUGAAAUUGAAAGGAACUUUAAACCACUUGGUUCUCCAUCAACCUCUGCUUAUACUUCAAUAGAUGUAAUCAACAGACCGGUAGCAGUGACCCCCGUUUUGUCAACAAACAAGGACGUCCCAGUUUCAACUUCAACAAUUACAUGAGUCGUGGCUAGUUUUUGCGCUAUCGAAUCUGAAUUUGAUGUCACUCACCAUGAAAGUCUUGACUACAUGAAGAGAGAGAGAGAGAUUUAUUGUUCGUCAACCAGAAAAAACAAACUUUGUAACAAUAAUUAAAAUGUACAACAACUUAAGAAAAGUUAUUUUAGCUUGAUAGUCUCAUGGAAAGAUGAAGAAAAAUCAUGUCUCAACAAUGCAAAUGGUAUC